AUGGGAAGCGAGGAGUUAAGCUCUUUUCGCCCGUCCUUUGUAGUCAAAGCGGAGCCGCUUGAUAACUCACAAUCGUUUGAUUACACCAGUCUAUCUGACGCGGAGUCUACGGUCGUGUUUCGAAAUUACUACGAGGUGCGCACCGAUAGCGGGCACAUUAUAGAGAGAGCUAGCUCUGUGGAGUCGCUUCAAAGUAGAAGUGGAAGCGAAAACGAUUUUACCACUCGAACGGACAUCAGCGAACGUUCAAACUCGCGUGAAGAGAUGAAGAGCGAAUAUUUUUCGUUCCCGGCUUAUCGGGCCGAUUGGAAAACAAGCGCGUCUGGCCAGGACGAGGAGGAUUCGGAGGAGGGGGAAAAUGAAGACGAGGGAAUUGAAGAAAAUCGGGAGAGCAGUGCGUCAGAAGACUUAGGAACAUCGACACCUACUAGAGUCCCUCUUCAAGCCCACUCUGUGGGAUCUACACCUCGCGAUCAACAGAACUCACUGAGCGGGAGUCCCGUGAAUCGAGGGAGUCAGGACAUUGUUAUUCCCGGAAUACCCUCAAAUACCCAGAACGGAAUAAACAUAGUUUUUCAUAAGCAUUGCAAGCUUAAUAUGGACACAUCUGGGAAAAUGUAUGGCAGAGAAGGCUAUUCAAGCGAGGGAUACCUUACACGCGUGGAAAGAUUCACGCCUGAAUUGCCGCCGUCUUUCGUGUACUCCACGCGAAGCGAGCCUAAGAUUACGAGCGGCAUUUGCGGCUCGCGGGAAGCUGAAGACUCACACUUACCGGAAUAUGAAGAAAAAAGCCCACCGGCGCGUUCGACCGUGUUAAUAUGCCAGUGGAUCCAGUUAGAGAAAAUGAUGAAUCAUGUUUGCGGGUUGGGGUUUUAUAAAAUCGAGGAUCUUGUAACGCAUAUCACGGAAGUUCACCUUGUGUCUGCCACACCCGUUGGCUUCGUAUGUUGUUGGAAAGAAUGCAUGAGAAAUGGAAUGCCAUUUAAAGCAAAGUACAAACUCAUCAACCACAUUAGAGUCCAUACGGGGGAGAAGCCUUUUACCUGCAAUCAGCCUGGGUGUAGAAAGAGCUUUGCGCGUGCUGAGAACUUAAAAAUACACGUUCGCACACACACAGGAGAGAGACCUUUCGCAUGCGAGUUUAAAGGCUGUGACAAGAGAUUCGCGAACUCCAGUGAUCGCAGAAAGCACAUUCACGUUCACACUCUGGAAAAGCCAUACCGCUGUAAAUAUAUUGGCUGCGAUAAGAGCUAUACACAUCCGAGCUCCUUGAGAAAACAUAUGAAAGUCCAUGGCCUACGGUCUGAAGAACAUUUUAAAGUUGUUCAAAGCCUUGCCUACCCUCAUAAUAGGAUCCCCGCGGAUCGUAGAUUUGAUGGGGACUCUGUUGGCAGAAUCGGACUUACUUUGGGCAGCUCUCCAGGAAUUUUUCAACAGAGAACCGACAUAUAAAUUUUCAUCAUGUCGAAGAAAUCAUUCUUUAAACGUCAUCACUUAAAACUAAACUAAAAGGAACUGUGCUUUUCUGACUGAGAAAAGAAACGAAUCAUGACUUGGCAAAAGACAUUUUUACUAAGACAUUAAAUUCAUCAAUUGCAAAGGAGGAAAUUAUUUCCUUGAUGAUAAAAAUUCAAAACAAUAGGAAUGUAUUUACCUUUGAAGCAGAAUCUAAACGCUUACGAUCGUUCGUUUUGAAGAGUUUAUAAGGGUGUUCGUCCCACAAAUUAUGAAAUGUUCAAGAGAUCGUCAUAGUUUUUACCUUGAAAUGACAGUGUUCUCUUUUAGAUAUUCUUUGAGGUUGUUGCUGUAGACCAAACUGCCUAAACUGGCCUGUGUUCAUCGCUUCAUUUUUUUUUGUUGGGUUUAAAAUUGAACUUCAAUUUUGUUGGCUAAUGGUCACGCGACACGUGCUUAAUUUCAUACCCGUUAGAAAAUUUACAAGGACGCCACCGUCAUGCGUCUAACGCAUUAAUUGUUCCGUUCUUAUUUCAUUUAUCCAUGUAUUUCAGCAUAAAAGUUAAAGAGCCUUUGGCUGCAAGCGCUGUUAUUUUACAAAAAAACUAAGGAAAAAUUACGACAGAAGUCGUUAUCAAGACCAAGUUCAGCCCAAAAACGAUAAAAAAAAAAAAACGCCCAUCACUUUCUACUUCAUCCAAGUCAGAGUCUUGCCUCGCAGAUAGUAUUUAGUUUUUGAUGUUAAUCACGAUCGCGUGUAGAAGUUUUCAGGACAGGAAGAUUAUUCGUUGCUUUGCUGAGACAAGAAAAUAUUCAACAUAUUGAUAUUCUGAAGUUUCCUCGCGGCUUAAAUACUCGCUGAAUUGAUUUUGUGGCAGCGUUAUCUCACGAGGACUUUUCAGUUUUCGCAAUAAACUCGACAGGUCGAUGCCGGUAAUGUGCCUCGUCAAAAAAAGCUGGAAAGUUUUAAGCCUGUCUCGAGAAAUGAAAGAGACAUUUACUGAAUUUCAUCGGUCUUUAAGGGUUCAGUGCUAUCAUUUUCUCUUACAUGCAUUUUUAGUUUAUGGAACGAUCUAAACAAUCAGAUUUACUCUAGAAGUUCGCUUUUGCAGUUCAAGCUCGGUAGAGUGAUUGAUUCUUUUGUCAUGACACAGGAGAGUCAAGAGGGGUGGAGGGAACAGAUGUCACCAUUAUAAAUAUAUAUAUUCUGAAGGAAUUAACAACAAUAUCAAGUGUUACUGUAGCCUCGACUAGUAUAGCUUGUGUUAUCACAAACACUUGUUACUCGUUAUCACUCAUUUGAUCAGCCUUGGCCAUUUUAGAGCAUAGGGUUUGUUGAUAAAUUUUGGCGUUUCUCGAAAUAAAGAAGUUUUUAUACACUGAUUUUAUUUCAUGAGACUAUAAGCUUUGAUACAAAACUCUGCUUUGGCUUGAAUGGUUUGUGGCAGGUUUAAAUUUUAUGAGAAAAGUGAAUGAAAAAUGAAUGUCCGGUCUCCUAAAGACAGCAGCACGUCGCUAAAUCCCAAUUUCAAGUCAGAUCUGUUGAAACAGAGUAGCGAACAUUUAUUUCGUAGUCAAACAGGGUUCGUUGGAUCUGCUCGCGCGACGCAGCGGCGUGUCUCGCGAGAUUAAGUCACGCACACACGCAAAACACUUCACCAAUGGGGGUAAAAUUUAUGGGAAUAUAAUACGAUAUCGCUUCCGGGCUUUGCCGCCCACCUUUAACUCGACGGGCAGCCAUUAUAUUUGGCAAGGAACAGAGGUUUGGGGAUAAAUCUCUUGACGGAAGGACACAGCGAAAGCCUUUCAACCCAAAAUUUGCCUCAAUGCGGCAGCAUAACCCCAUGGAAGCGCUAAGGAUGACUAAAAAAUCUUGUCUCCCGCUCCGAGAGAUAUUGCGUUUUGUUUACAGCCUGUCUUGAGAAUAAAUUAGCGCCCCGGGAGGCAAACUGUCAACUGCUGCGCUUUCAGUCAACACUGUGUUAUUAAUUUGGUGGGAGGUGUUGCCCUUAAGCCAAUCAGAUUGUUGCAUUUUGAGCCUUCGGAAGUGGUCUUUGCUAUCUUCUUACGUAUAAGAAAACAAACGCAUUUUCCCGCUACUUGGGUCCGCUGUUAGACAUAUAUCAAAUGUGACACGUAUAAUUUUACGGCUCGGACAAGUGAAAUUACUUGAAGAAAUGAAAAACGUCCAAAUAUUGCAAAUUUUCUAAUUUCCUGACAUUACCCGACCACCUGGGACGAAGCACGCACAGAAUUCAUUGUCCGUUCUCUUUUCACAAGUUCAGAUUCUGUGGACAAGCUAAGGCUUUUGUAACCUACUGAGCACUUCUUUACUUUCUGCUCUCUUAUAGCGAGAGAUUCCCUUCAUACACGUGUUGUUUUUCGAUAAAGGUUCAAUUCUACAUCUCAGUUUUGCGCUGAACAACGAAGAAGAAAAACAAAGUUUUAUUCAGACUUCCCAAAAUUCCCAGCCAUCCUGUUCAUUCGGAUUCUUUGCAAUAUUUUGACUGUGGCAGAAGAAACCAUUUUCUUCGUACGCGCUUGUUAAUUUUCCUUUAAAUAAGUCUUGCAAAGCCUUGGAAAUUAUUCAUUAUUAAAAGCCUUCAGAAAAUAAAUAUAACUCAAUAAACUGGGCGUACCGCGGCGCAAACGAAGCGUAAACUAAAAGAUAUAUUACUGAAGCUAGUUAUCUUCCGUACUUCAAAAUCUCAAGUGUUUUUUUCAGUUUAUUGCCAUAAUAGUAUAACAUAUUUGGAAAAUAAAGAUGUCGCGUGAUACAAGUAGUUAGAAACCUCGAUUGCCCCUCACUGGGGCAAAGUUAUUGCUGACACCGAGUUAUCGUUUUUUUUCUCUAAAGAGAAUAACUUAUCGCUAAUUUGUGUCUAUUAUCUUUCGUGCAAUACUUGUUUAUAUCCGUCAAUGUGAUGUAUUUUUGAUAUAAAUUUUCGGUAGUCAGUUGACCAAUAAACCUUUUCUCUCAGUGUUGCUCGAGCAUGAAAAUGGUUGGCUCAUUAUAUUACAACGUUUAAUCAAGUAAGUUGUCAGUUUACGGCAAGAUGUUUUAUAUUAUAAAUAUACUGUGACACGAGUGUAACAGAGGCAGUAUUACACAUCACAGCCUAGAAUUUGAAGCUCGUUUGGCAGUUUUCAAUUACGCCCCCACUCUAAGUUGAGCGCCUGCUCUGAGCUGUGAAUCCACGGGGGCGGAAACUCGGGAACUCUGUAAUGUACAUGUGUUACUACAUAAUUACCUCAUCUACGAGGGAGGUUUUUUCUUUUUAUGCAUAGCUGAAAUAAACCGGUUGCUGUUCAGCUUACAAGGUAGCUGAUCGGUAGGAACCUCAGUUUGGGGCUACCCCUUUCGAGAGACUGUUAACAAGAUAGGUUAAGGGUAGUUACAGAAAUUAAAAAGAAAAGUGAAUGCAUAUAUCAGAAAAGUAUUUCACGAACCCGUCCUUUACAACCCCCCUCCCUCCCCUCUCCCCCACUACCCCGAAAGUCAUCCCAAUCAUCAGGCAAUCAAUCUAAGAUAAGCUUCUUUUGCCUGCUGACAUUUACAACGAGCAAAACCUUGUCAGGUAUUUGAGUCGAUAGAAAUGCUCCAGCCGGAACCUUUCAAGGCAGAGUUACCCGCAGCUUACUUCAGUGGCUUGAGGUGGCCGUUGUGUCCGUUGUGUGAAUGUAGGAGUAGAAUGUGACUCCCUUAAAUUAUUUCUUAACUUUCACUGAACAUGGUCCUGCUUUGUUGAUCUGAAUAGCGACUAGAAUGAGGGCUUUUGUAUAUCCAUCGUCCUUUCAAAUCAAAAAUUGAAUUUUUAUCUUUAAGCUCGUCUUUCACUUUGAACAUGGUCCUGCGUUUUGUUGAUCUGAAUAGCGAGGGUAGGGGUUUUGCGCUACCACUGUAUCGAUUUUCUAUUUUGAUUUUGGGUUAGGGUAUAUCCAUCGUCACUUUCAAACUUAAAAACUUAAAAGAAAUAAACAUUUUUUAUCUUGGUCUGAAACCGGAUGGUCAAUUCAGGGUAUUGAUUUAAGGGAGCACGUCAAAUUUUUUUCGGUUUGAGAGAUAACAUGUUUUGCUCUUGCCGUUAUAUGCUCCUGAAAUACAUUUCAUUGAGUGGCGGUUGCGGUAGAUAUGGUUGUUACAUUGGACGCCGUGAGAUCGGGCCGAUUGUACCCUCUUUCAGUAGUAAGAAUCUUAGUGCUGAAAGGCACUUCAGAUAUCUUAUAACAGACGUGGCAAGCACGGAAGUCUUUGUAGAUGUACAUCUCACAAAAGAAAGAAAGAAGGGUGGUUAAAUGUUAAGGAAUAAUUGUACUUCCUGCUUUCACUCUGCAAACCGCGCCUCAAACUGAUUCUCGUGGCCUUAAGGACCAGGUAGAGUCAGCAUCUCCACGUCCAAGAGACGUAAAAACGCAGUCGAUUGGUUAGUUACACGUGGACAUCAAUAAGCCAGGUUUGCAUGCGUAUGUGAAAGUCCCAAAGACCCCAUCAGUGUCUGAGAGACGGUCCAAGUAUUCUCUCUUGCCUCACUUAAAUUUCAACGAGGAGGAUGUGGAAGAUGCUGUCUAUGGCCGGAUAAAAUUUACACUGGUAUCUGAAAGCGGGAGCCGCCUGCUGAAAGAAGUCAUCACGUGGCACAAUGUCCUCGCCGUCAGGCACGGUUUAUAGUCUCGAGAGUUUAUAGGCAUACGGACAAUUGUACUGGACAAAUGCUCUCACAAUCCGGUCCUUUAAAAGCCCUUAUGCAGCGAUCUAAAUCUUAGUUGCUAUCAAUAUUUGCGCGCCCAUUCUAGACUACGAGAAGUAUCUCUUUUUUCUGUAACGCGAGACACGCAAAUAGCCACGCGCGUGACUGAUGGCGCGAGACGGGAGAGAGAGACUGCUCGCAGUCUAGGCCCAUUCAUGUUCUUGGACCCGGGGAAUUCAAACAUCCCUCAGGCUACUUCAAACGCUGGUCCUGCGGGGUAUUCAACCAUUCUCUCUUACUUUCUUCAAUAAGCGUCAGUUUCCUUCUUCACCAUAUUCCUCUUCAAAAGACUUUUUGUUAUGUUGACAAUAGGGCCAUUUAUACGAGGAAAAAUAAGACGCGUCUUAAAUAAGACGCGAACUUUCCUUAUAAACGGCACAUUUCGUCUAAAAUAAGACUCGGCUUAGCUAAGACGCGUCUUAUUAGGUAAGACAUGCUCGUAUAAAUGGUACAGUUCGCGUCUUAUUUAAGACGCGUCUUAUGUAAGAUGCGUCUUAUUUUUCCUCGUAUAAAUGGUCCUAAUAAGUAUAGGUUUUUUCACAGUCUCACUAAAACCGGGAUCCUUUGCCGGGCUUGCUUUCCUGCAAAUCGGUAACUGCUCAGGUGUGAUCGCUUAAGUUUAGUCAGCAGUCAAUUACCAGACUUAGGUUUAUCAGCGCAGGCUUUGAAAAUGUCAUCUUUAUUUCUAGUGGCUGUAUGAUAAAAUCUUCACAGGAGCCCAUCACCUGAUCUUCAGAAAUCUCCCCAUGAACUUGCCUUGGAAUUCACUUAAUAUUUGCAAGCGAAUGAGUAGUCGCGAAAUUUAAUAUGCAUUGGUCCUUUUAUGCUCGUAGAUCUGGGUAAUAAGUUAUAAACUGGACUCAGUGGACAGUAAGUACUGUCCGUCACUAGCUGCUCGGUCACCCAACUUCGUUCCAAAGGACUCCUUUCGUCUCGUUUCGAAGGAGAAACCGGUUGGCAGCCUCGAUGAAGACGGCGCCCAGGCCUCUCCGCCAUAGGCAUUUUCGUUUUCUCAAGGAGGAAAGUCCAAUAAACAGUCUUAUUGGCUCUACAAACGCCAUCUUCAAGUUUCGAUCAAGAUAGUCUCCACUGCCCAACAGAAGGAACAGCUACAGUGGGGUUCUUACCUCACCCAAGAGCCACCCGCCUCACCAUAUUUAAAUUAAAAGACUAGAGAAAGAUGUACAAACUGGGACGCUCUCAUUGUCCCACCCUUUGUACUCAUUGUCUUGUCCCACCCUUUCGUUGAAUGGUUCUGAACAUUAUUUUUUUUGUUUUUGUUUUACUACUAUAUUGUUUUGAUUGACUCAUUCAUCCUGCCGUCCGGUGCAUUUUGCCCCCAGAAUUGUGUUGUUACGCUCCUUCCGUCUCUCACUUUCGCCCGAAGUGCUUGACUGUAUCCGCGGGAAUUAAAAAUUUAGGGGGAAAUUCAUUUGCACCCAAUGGUCAGCGGUCUAUUUGCAAAACGACUUGUCUCUCCUUCCCACACGAAGGUCACACGCCAAUCAUUCGAGAAUCAAUCGAGCUUUGAAUUUUAUUUCAUUACGAUGGAAAUUCCUCAUUUCAUGCACAGAUUAGAUCCGGUAAACACUGAGGAAAGCAUCAAGCCCCUCUUGAAGCAAAUCAGACCAGAAUGGGACCUCGAGAAAGUCAAAUUUAAGGAGUUUACAGAGGGAAUUAGCAAUAAACUUAUCGGCUGUAAUUUGCCGGGUCUUGGGCAUUCUGAAAUGAUUCUCUUCCGACUCUACGGAAACAAAACUGAGCUUUUUAUUGAUCGGGAGAAAGAGCUCGAAACGUUCCAGAUUUUGCACUCCAAAGGGUAUGGACCUCCAGUUUAUGGCACGUUGGAGAAUGGAAUUUCUUACGGUUUCUUGCCUGGCGAAGUUCUCGAUACAGACACAAUCGCAAAUCCUCACAUUUCUUCUCUUAUUGCGCGGCAUAUGGCGCAUCUUCACGCUACUAAAAUCGACCACGAGAAUUCGCGGCACAAAGCAGAACCGAUGUUGUUUUCUGGAAUGACGAAGUACUUAAAUCUCCUUCCGGAAAAGUUCGAGGAUCCGGAAAAGAAUGAAAGGUAAGUCGGGGGGGAUGAGGGGGAUAUUGUGUAAGGAGGCAGGGGCUGCGAAGAACAAAACUCGGGGAGCGAGGUUGUCUGUGAACCUAAACUGUGACAUACUGUAAAAGUCCGAAAAUAUAAGCCCCUCAAAAUUGUAACGCAAAAAAAAAAACCCAUUAAAUCGCCCCCCGAAUAUAAGCCCCCGGGGGGCUUGUACAUGGAAUUUGCCCUCAAAUACAAAGUAAAAAUGGCAAAUUUCCUUGCCACUACAAGCUAGCUCAAUCAAUUUUGAAACGCAAAUUUCCCUCCGUACAUAAGCCCCUCCAAAAAUAAGUCCCUCAAAAAGGGCCUUUGAAAAAUAUAAGCCCCGGGACUUAUUUUUGGAAUUUUACGGUAUGCAGUUAAAAACCAAUCUUUCAAUUUUUCUAAGAAGUUUUGGUGCUUUGAACUUCACAUUAAUUUUAAUACCUCAGCCUUUUACAGAGAAAGGUGGAGUGGGGGAAGGGGGUGGCGGCAGUCUACCCUCCAUUGAAUUCUGUAUUGUUACAUUUUGAGAGGUAGUUUUGUCACUAUUAGGUAGUUUUGUCUCUAUUAUAUUGUUGUAAACCAUAUCGCUUGAUUAUGUGUUCAAUACCAGUGGAACCAGUCAAGGCAAUAGACUUGUAAAAAUAAAUGUACAUAAGUUGCUCCUUCCACCACAAUUCAAAAAUAUAAAUAGGAGACAAGUAGCUUGCUAAUGCCUAAUGUCAAGCUGCAUGCAAACGGACCCAACAACUCCCAGCACUGUUGGGCCAACGAUUUGAUUGAUUGAUUGAUUGUCACGUUUGUUUGCACGUAGCUAAACAUUUCACCGGUUUCAAACUUGGCUCAACAACUCCCAACAACACACAACAACAUGCUACAGGGUGAGCAAACAGAUGCAACAUGUAACAUCCACUGAUGUUUGGAGUUUUUGGCCAGCAAUGUUGCGUCAAUUUGCUCGGGGCUUAAUGGUGUUUCAAUUCCCCCCUAUCCUAGAGUAGCCAUUUCCCUAGUCUAGAUAAAAUCUUCAACCAACUGAUCAGUUUCCUGAAAAAUGAUACCCUAUUCUAGACCCAGCAGCACCCCUCCCCCCCCCCCCGGGGUUUUUGACUGUGAAACUCCCACAUAUGGGUAUUGUAUUUUCCUUUUAGGUUUGAAAAACAAGCUCCCAGUAAAGCAAAGCUCAAGGAAGAAAUUGAACUCCUCCAAAGUGUUUUGCUAAAACACAAUUGUCCAGUUGUAUUCUGCCACAAUGAUUUACUCUGUAAAAACAUUGUCUAUGAUGAAACAAAAGGUAACUUGAAAUAGCUGUUUACAUCACUUGCACAGUAGCCUCAGAAAAUAGCUGACAUUGGCGAUGCCAUGCACCACUGGUUUCCCAGAGAUGCCUAUAAUGCUUAGUGCAUUAUAUGAAGUCUUACAUGAAGUACAUACUAUCAAAAUUUGCAAUCAUCACUAAGGGUGCGUUCCUUUGGGAUGAUCCAGAUCAGGAUCAGUGAUCCGAGAUCACUCAGAUCAUGGUAGAUCAAAUGAACUGAUGAAUCCUUGUCCAGAGUGGAUUCAUCGGUUCAUUUGAUCUACCAUUAUUUUGGUUUGCCUGUAGCCUACGUAGCAGGCGCUUGCAAGUAGUGGGCACGAGAAAAAACGGGCACGUGAGAAGGAGACACGCGAGGGGAGAGGAAGCGCCUGCACGGAAGGCCCCCGAAAAUCGUUUCCCGCCCCCUCUCUAAUUACUUGGCAGCCGUUGCGUGAUCUGUCAAAAGUUUUGACAGAAAACGACUGACCUCGCACAAACAAAGCAAGCCGCCAAAAAGCGUUGUACAUUUUAUCUUUGGUCUAAAUAUAUCUGUUAUGAAGAUCAGCUGGGUUAUCUGAUUAUAGAGCGAUGGAGCAAUAAACUGAUGGUUAACACACAGCUUUAAAUCGUUUUUUAACAUGGGCACAAUAAAUAGGAAAUAACAAAGUCAAAACUGGGUAUCUUUUAAAGAAUGCAUGCUGUGUAUUAUAAAAACUAAAAAUAUUGUUCUGGUCAGACACCAACGAUCACAGCGUACGUGGAAAACGACCAUAUUGCUUUUACUGCGCUAACUGGCAGCCGUUUUUGGAGCAGACAUGUCUUGCUAAGCGGACCUAAACCUCAGAACACAAACUGUACCGACAUGUUUUCUACUGCAGUAAUGAGACAUAAACAACAGACCUCAGGUCGCCUCCGAACGGCGAAUAAUACUAUAUUGAAAUGUUUUUUUCAAAUUCAUGCCCCGGGUAAGUGUUUCAUUUCAUCAAUCAUGUCCAAGUUUUGAUGGUAUGCGUUCCAUCGACAGCACAAGCCGCCAAGUUCUCCUGAGCAAAGAAUAUUAUUUUCCUCUGAUCUUCAUUGCAACGAUUCGACAAAUCUUUUGUCUCUCGCCACUUCUGUUGAUGCGCAUCCGAUGUCAAUUCUUUCCAUCGUGAAUAGCGUUUGAACACUCCAACUUUUCUUUGAGAUUACAGCCACAUAGUCCCAUUAAACCAGAUUGAAGUGACCUCCGAGACCUGAACUUCGAUUGUAUACAAUUUAGUGGAUUCAGGACCCAGUGGUGUAAUGCAAGAUCUUCACUAGAUUGUCCAUGUACUAUUGAUUGACAGUUUUCUCGCCCCGCGCGGUUAAUUUUUCCCUCGGGAGCCUCUCUACCAAUUGGAAAUAUCCGCACUCACAGAGUGCGAGUUGAAACGAUUUUCAGGGCCCUUCCGUGCAGGCGCUCCCUCACCCCUUGCGUGUCUCCCUCGCGCGUGCCCGUUCUCUCUUUUGCCCGCUACUUCCAAGCGCCUACUACGCAGGCUAGUUUCCCUGUGAAAUGACAUGGGAAAUUUGCUUCAAGCAAUCAGAAGCACCACCUAGAUCUUAGGCUGUUCACAGUCCCCUAUUUUUCUGUAAAACCAUCAAGAUUGAGUGCUAUGCAUUAUGUAUGGCCAUCGUUGGUUUCAUAUGAACUGAUGGGUGGGCAUCAGAGUUUAUUUAGUACAUUUGACAAUCAUCACCAGGCUAGACUCAGUACAUAUGAAACCAAGAUUGUCGCCCAUGAUGCAAAGCACUCAAUCUCACAGAAAAAUAGAGUACUGUAUGAACAGUCUACCUAGAUCUGGGUAGUGUUGUGUCAUCAGUGGGGAAUUUCUCAACUAGUUUCUCAGACGCUGCUUCAGGGGGGAACCAAUGGUGGCAUCAUGAAAUGUUGGCUGUUUUUUCAGGCUACUUGCACAUGUGCAUAAAAAGAAUAAAUUUUCAGCAUAUUACAUGUAACUAUAAUAUUUAUCGUUAAGUGAACUCUCGCAUUAUGGACACCCUUAUAAUACAGACAGCAGCAACAUUGUGAAUCCCCGCUAGUAAUAAAUUACAGUUUUUGACUGAAAUAAACUCAUGCUAACGGACCCUUGGGUACAUGUAAAUGACCUGGUUUUUUAUCUUUAGCUAGGAGUUAUUCCUUUGUUUCAAACCUAUUUUCAAAUAUUACCAUAACAAAAAAAGGUAAACCAUUUAAGAACAAUGUAAUUGAUCCCUAACACCUUUAUUAUGGGCAGCCCUAGAUCAGAGAGCUAACAGCCUGGAAAAGCAGACUGUAUAUGUACUUCUGGUCGUGGCUUCUCUGGCAAAGAAAUGGCUGGACUUUGUCCGUGUUUGCAGGCUAUCGGAAAAUUGGCAAAAACAAAAUUAUCUUUGUGUUUCUUUUUAUUGUGUUGACUAAAGGGCUGAUCAAAACUUGUUGUUUUCAGAUACGAUUCUAAGCAUUGACUAUGAGUAUGCCGCUAUGAACUUCCUUCCUCAUGAUAUUGGAAAUCACUUCUGUGAAUAUGCAGGUAACUGAUGACAAUUUUUUCAAAGUUAGUAAAGUUAGAAAUUUACCAUUAUUGACUUUUUGUUGCUGAGAUUAAUAGAAUACUAUCUAUCCAUUUCAGCGCACCCACAACAACUUGAUGAGUCUGUCCCAUUCCCAUCUGUUAGCCAUGACAGAUCUUGCCUCGUUAUAGAUCAGUACCAUUUUUGCUAGGUGCCCCCUUGUGCAUCUGCUUAAAACAAUAACAGUACACAAGUGGACUAGUUUUGGUAUUCUUUUGUGUUAGUAGCAUUAAUUAAUUGCAAUCACUAAAUAAUGUAAGCAAUUACCCACACCCAGUCUAGACUGCAAAACAGUCCAUAUUUUUGCGUAUUCAAGAACGUGCGAACAGUCAAACAAAAGGUCUGGAACGAGGCUGAAAACAGAGAGCGAGACUGGGGAGAGAGCCAUUUACCAUCUGUUUUAUAACACAAUCAAAAGAGAAAAACUUUUAGCAGGGGAAUGACAUGAGUGCAGUCAUCAGCUCAUGUUAUGGCUUGUGUAAAUCAUUUACAAUUGCAAAUUCUUUUUAAGACGAAUAAAAUUAUACUUAUUUAAGAAAAUGUAUUAAAUAAUGUUACUCUGGAACCAGUCUCACCUUUAAUUUACUGAAUAUAUAUGUUUUUUUUACACACUAGGAGUGGAUGAGGUAGAUUAUAGUUUAUAUCCUAAAAGAGAACAUCAGUUAAAGUUCAUUGCAGUUUAUCUUGAAGAAGCGGCUAAAUUGAGAGGUACAGUGUGGUGUGAUGCAGCUUCCUCCUUGGUUCAGUUUGAAAUUAUUUUUAACUUUCAGCAUACAUAUAAUUCAGUGUCAUUUUGGAGUUAUUGGUUGUGGGUGUCAAAAAUUAAUAUUUAUUACCGUAAAUCCCCUUUUAACCCCACCCCCUCAAAUAAGCUCCCCCCCCCGCUUUAGGGGAAGAAAGCUUAUAAGCUCCCUCUCUAUUUUAAGCCUCCCCCCUCCCCUGGCCUCCCCCUUAUUUAUAUUCUUCACUAAUAAAUGAAGGACUGUAUUAAACAAGUCCAACUGUGCAAAUGUUGUAAAAAAAAUAGUUGUUUUCCCACAGAGCACUUAGCAGUUCAUAAGAACUUGUUGAAAUGUGCCCGUGCGUUCCAGAUCAAAUUAGAAUUAAAAUUUUGGAAGUGUUAAUUAAUGGAGUUAUUAAACCAACACGUCUAUUAUUUGGAAGUGUUGGCUUUUGACCUGCACCUUCUUAUACUUGAGUUUUUCCACUUUCUAUUCUAGUUCUUUACCAAGAACUGACAUCAUGGCCAUUGUCUUUGCUAAAUCAAAUAAGCCCCCCGUCUCUAUUAAGCCCCCCUCAAAUGUCACUGUUUGAAAUAAAUAAGCCUCCGGGGGACUUAAUAAAGGAUUAACGGUAUGUUGUAUUUCAAAGGUGAAGCCAAUCCUAUCAUCUCUGAAGCAGAAAUUGAGAUGCUUUAUGUACAAGCCAAUCAGUUUGCACUGGUAGGUUGAAAAAUUUUUUUCAUAGGUUCUAAAUAUUAUUGUUACAAAAAAUAAUUAUAUAAAAAAUGCAACCAUUCAUAUUAUUUAGCUAAACAAAUAAUAUUGGAGUAAACAUUAAGAGGAAAUAAUUAUGACAGUGAUACAUGUUACUCUUCUUUUGCCUAUAGGGAGCUCAUUUUUACUGGGCCAUUGUGGGCAGAGUUUUAGGAAAGCUUUUAGGAUCUUAGUUCAAGCUCAUUUUCUCAACAAUGGUUUUUGCUUCUUUCUCCGGUGUCCUUGACGCUCAUUCUGGUAUGGUUUGAUUUCUUAGGGAAAGUUGUCCUUGAUGGUUAAAAAUGUGUCACAAAGGGCCAUGCAUGUGAUGCCAGCCCAUCUUCUUUUAAUACAGGAAGCUGGACACAUUCUUUGAAACUUUGAGAAUGAUUAAAUCACAUUAUUUUAGCCUUGAUGCUGGGACCUUCUCUUUGUUUAUAUGUUUACAAAAUAUUGUGUGCAAGAAUAAUAGAACUUAUUUACCAUACCUGCCAUCUUUGCACUUCCUUAAGGACUUAUGGGAUAAAAGCAAUGUCAUGUGGUUUCUCAGGGGGCAAACAAGUGAUAAAUGCUGCCAGUCGAGUUUGUUUAUUCUAGACAACAGAAAAUUUACAACUUUUUACCUUAAAGACAAAAAUGGCAAAUUAUGAGUGGUUAGUAGUGAUUAUUGUUUCUUUUCUGGUUGCAGUUAUUUAGUGACCAUAGAUCCGGUCCUAACAGAAAGCAAUAAUGAUCUAAUUUACUUGUUGAAACUCCAAUUUUACAUUUUGCAGGACUAAAAUUUUCAUCUCGUUUGAGAGAAUUAACAAACCUAAUCGCGAUUACUUGUGUUGGCAAAUUUUGAAUCUUGAAUACCCCCCAAAAAUCCCUUCCCAAAAAAAUACUUGCCAAAUUUUCCUACCCCCCCCCCCCAAAAAAAAAAAAAAAAUUGGGAAUCGAAAAUUUCAAACCCAAAAAAAUCCUUCAAUCAUCCUUGUCACUUGAAAUCUGGAGUACCCCACCUGGGGUUGAUCUCCAUUAUGCUUUCUUUAUAUUAAAAGCAUAAGAGAGUAAGCCACCUACAUACAUCCAGUCACUGACCCAAAUCUCUUUCUAUGUAACAGCCUACUUCAGUAUUGAGAUCCUAGUCAGAGGGUGCUGACAACUCUACCAAUAGCUAAGUACACUUAAAGGGCAUAUAGAGAGAAGUGCUGGAUGACAAGUAGCAGAUGCUGUUAUUAUUUUUCAGUUAAAAUGCAAUUUAAUGUGACUUCUUCUGUUCAACUUUGGUUUUGAGGUUUUUUUAAUCAUUGUUUUCAUGGUCAUCAGGUCCUCAUUUUUCUACACAUUCCCCCACCCCCGAGGGUUCACCAACCAUUGCUAAAGCACAAGGUUGCUUGGAAGAAAAGAAAAAAGAAAAAAAAAGUAGAGAAGGAAAGAAGGGUUCCUUCCUCUUCUUGCCUUCUCUAAACCCAAGCUCUGCCCCCCCCCCACCAAUUUCUACCUUUGUACAUUAUUAAAUUUUUCACUUUAUAGUUAAUGGUAACAAUAAAAUAGUAAUUUCAUAUUAUUUUACUACAGUACUCAUUGGCAACUAAUCCUUGGUUCUUUCAGGUAUGGAAUAACACGUUUCAAUGAGUACUUCAGGCGAAAGGAUGAAUUCUUAGCUCUUUCCUAUGACAACUAA